AUGAAGUUAAAGCACAUUCUCCACAGCCUCCACAACCAGUACUUUCAGCGGCGACAAAAACAUUGAAGCUGCAAAAAUACAUAGAUAUCAAAGUCGGGCCUUUUUUUGGCUUCUUUCUCCUAAGAAUCUGACAACACAAACAAAGUAGAGUCUUUCUCAUAAACUUUAUUUCUAUAUGUUUUGUGCAUAAAUGGCAUCAUCACUGUUCUCCAGAACUCUCUUGGGUCACCGCUUGAUUCAGUUCUCAUCCUCUCUCCCUAACAAACCCUUGAUUUUCUCUUCUCUUUUCAAUAAGAGACAGUUUCGUCUACAAGCCGAGCCUACCUAUUCAGCAUAUAAAACAUCUGGUCGGCUUUCUCGUUUAAUGGCUUCCUCAGCAAUUGAGACAAGAACUAGUUUUUCAACACAAUCUCUUUCCAGCAGUGAUCCAGUCGUUUCUGUUGAUUGGCUUCAUGCUAAUCUAAGAGAGCCUGACAUGAAGGUACUGGAUGCAUCCUGGUACAUGCCAAAUGAGCAGAGGAAUCCAAUUCAAGAGUAUCAGGUUGCUCACCUUCCUGGUGCUCUAUUCUUUGAUGUUGAUGGAAUAGUGGAUCGAACUACAAAGUUGCCACAUAUGCUGCCAUCUGAGGAAGCUUUUGCAGCUGCUGUGUCUGCUCUUGGCAUCCAGAAUAAUGAUGGACUGGUUGUUUAUGAUGGGAAGGGAAUUUUCAGUGCAGCACGUGUCUGGUGGAUGUUCCGAGUCUUUGGGCAUGACAGAAUUUGGGUGUUAGAUGGAGGCCUCCCAAGGUGGCGUGCAUCGGGAUAUGAUGUUGAAUCUAGUGCUUCUAGUGAUGCUAUUUUGAAAGCUAGUGCUGCCAGUGAGGCAAUAGAGAAAGUCUAUCUAGGACAAACAGUUGGACCAGUCACAUUUCAGACAAAAUUUCAGCCACAUCUUGUCUGGACAAUUGAUCAGGUUAGAAGAAACAUUGAGGAAAAAACUCACCAACAUAUAGAUGCUCGUUCCAAGCCCAGAUUUGAUGGUGCUGCACCAGAACCUCGUAAAGGAAUCAGAAGCGGCCAUGUACCUGGCAGCAAGUGUAUUCCUUUUCCACAGAUGUUGGAUGCUUCACAGACACUUUUACCUGCUGAUGAGAUUAAGAAACGAUUUGACGAAGAGGGCAUCUCAUUGGAACGCCCUGUUGUAACUUCUUGUGGCACUGGUGUAACUGCUUGUGUUCUGGCAUUGGGCCUUCAUCGUCUUGGGAAGCCUGAGGUUCCUGUGUAUGAUGGAUCUUGGACCGAAUGGGGUGAACAAUCUGAUACACCUGUUGAAACUUCAUCGUGAAUCUUAGCACAACCCUGUCAAAAAGUUAAGAAGAAAUACAACUAGAAAUUGUCCAGUUCACUUCUCAGAUUGUGAUGAAAAGGGUUUGUGUCUAAAACAGUCUUGAGUAUCAUUCAUCAUUUUUGAGUUCCAAUAUGCACCUGCAUGAGUGGUAACUUAAGAUCCACACUUCUGUUUGAAAACAGAAACGUUGAGUUCUAAAAUUUAUCUAUGAUGUUUACCAAACAUGUCUGGUGGGUUUACAUGAGGUGACAACACAAAGGUAUUGUGAUUCUUGCAGUCACCUUUUUGUCAGCAAAAGACUCAAUAGGAAAUCAAGGGGUGGUGAACAGUGCAAGAUAAAUAAAUAAAUAAAUAAAUAAACAAUAUCAUGAA